AAUGGUUUUUGUGAAAUAACCAACUGAUUAUUUCAAUUUCAAUCAGUUUCCAUAGUUUCUACCGUCGAUGUCUAAGAAUCUAAGUGACCUGUUUGCUUUUUCAUCGUACCCUUUUGUCUCAAAGUUAAAAUCAUUGCUCAAACAUAAGGUUUACAGACACAGAGUUGAAAAGAUGUGGUCAAAUUUAAUUCAAUCCAUCGCAAAAGCACUCCCGAAACGAAACUAUUGUACCCCAGCAGACUGCUCCGAAUAUACAGGAUCCGAUGGCUAUAAAAAAUGGAAAAAGUUAACAUUUUUGGUGGCGUUGCCCUGCGUGGGAUUGAGUGCGCUGAGUGCAUUUAUGGCGCAUCAAAAGCAACAUGAAUACCGUACGAGACCAAAGUUCGUCCAGUACGAAUAUCUUCGCAUACGCAACAAACGUUAUCCAUGGGGCGAUGGUAUUAGGACACUUUUUCACAAUCCCGAAUUGAACGCACUGCCAUCUGGCUAUGAAAAAUAAUCGAACAUUGAUGAUGUUAAAUGAAGAAACCAUAGAAAAUUUCUCAACAUUCGCGUAACCGGUAAAGAAAGUAUCAUUGUUGCUCUUUUAUGUCGCAUCCGGUGAUAGCUUAUCAAUAAAAUAUAUGCAAAUUAAAUAGUCACAUAUAAUUAUAUUGAAGUUGAGACAAUAAUGAAAUAAAAUUGCCUUUUGCGGUCCAUCAACUAACUUAAAGUA